AUCGCUUGCAGAUCAUUAAUUAAUCAAUUAAAGGCAAAGGCAAGGCAAGGCAAGGAACUCCCGAUACAGGAGAGGAGUCAAAGUUACAUCAGAGUGCGUAAGAUAAGAUAUUCUUGGAACAGUCUCUUCCCUUUCCCCACGUUGACUGAUUGACUGACGUCUGACUUUGAGUUUCAAGUCUCUCUUGGUCACGUCACGUCACGUCGCAUCCCGUCGUUGCUCUUUUCUUUUUUCCCCUUUCUCGAUUUCGAGGUCCUCGUGAAUAUUUGGUUGACUACUAGUCACUGAGGUAGACGUCGUGAUUCUGCCCCUACAGUCGUUACAGUCAACCAAGAAUCAGUCUCCUUUCUCUCUCUCUCUCUCUCACUCCUUUUUAUUUCUAACCUUUUACCUCCUUACCUUACCUUACUCCUUCCUCUGUCUCUUACACCCCAAAUCUUUCCGUUUGCGGUAUCAACUCCACUCACGUCUUCUCCUUCUCCUCUCUGCUUCACAUCAGGCUCAAACUUACCAUUCUCCUCGUACUUCUUUCGCUUCUCGACAUAUAAAUCUUUAUAAUUUUUCGCCUCUUCUCACGAUCCCGCCACUAUUAAACGAUUCCGCCAUCGACUGCGCCUGCGCCCCUCCAAAGACCACCACGCGGAUCCGACCCCUGCCUGCCUGACCUCCACCAGCCAAGAGGGCCCGACGCUAUUCCUCUUCUUACGCCCAAAUCUCCGUCGCCUUUGCUUCUUAUACUUGGGCUGUCGCUGUUGUUCAGGCCUCUGGUGAAUACCGCGACGAGCACCAGCUUCAAGCCCAACUUCUCCUGGGGAUAUCCACACCUGUCUUUACCCAACCCCGACGCCAUGGACAGGAUCCCCAAGUUCAGGCGCAAACCCAAGAACCCCACGAUCCAGACCUCCGUCGAACGCUCCAGCAGUGAUACUGUCGAUAGUAUCGCCAGUACCGAGUUACAAGCUGCAACUUUGCAGUCACAACAACAGGACGGGCAACAAGUCCUACCACAGAAGUCAAAGCUCUCAAAGAGGGCCGCUUUCCGAAAUUUCCGUUUGCGCGGCUCCACAAAGAGAGCGCGCGACAGUCCACCCGUCGAGUUGCCUUCCAGUCCUCCACCGGCCGUCGUGAGCCACGACGGCGUCAAGAGUCGACCCGUCACGGCCGAAGGCGAUGCGCUGGCUAAUUCAAAGGGGUCAGGUCCCCGAAUUCCUGCCUUCUUGGAAUCUUCGAUGCAGGAUAUUGAUUUCAAAUUCCAGGAGUUGACGUGGGCGGAACGAGACCGAGUUCUUGAGGGCACAAAGAAUGAGGGAGAUGAAGACUUCAAAUGGGGGACUUUCAAGCAGGUCGACACCCAGGAGAAGGGUGUGAUGGAUCGCUACAUCAACAUCAAGCCUUGGAACCACAACCGAGUCAAACUGCAGGUCCCUGAGGAUGAGCUUGACUAUGUCAACGCUUCCGAGAUCACUCUUCCCUCGCCUUCUGAUCCUAGCCGGGAGCCGUUACGAUACAUCGCCAUGCAAGGGCCAACGCAGCCAUCAAUCGACUAUGUCUGGCGCAUGAUUGCAGAGCAAAUGUCUUCACCUGCCGUUAUCGUACAGCUGACAACCAUGGCAGAGGGUGGAGUUGUCAAAUGUCACCAAUACUUCCCUGAUAACCAAGAUCACCCUACCUGGACUCUGAACGAACACGAUGCGUGGAACGAUGACUGGCAGGCCCAGAUCACGUACGAUUCUUUGGAGGAACUCGCUGAAGGUGCUAUUGAGAAGCGCAAGCUACUUAUGCACCUCAAGGAUGAGGAAGAGCCCCGAGUCGUCUGGCAUCUUUUAUAUAGACGAUGGCCUGACUUUGGGGUUCCCGAACUAGAAGAUCUCGAUGGCUUCUUUGAACUCAUGCGAAUUUCGCACGAGCUAAGCGCGCCCGAGAACCCGCGAAUCAUCCAUUGUAGUGCUGGCGUUGGCCGAACCGGCACCUUCAUUACACUUGAGCAUCUAAUGCGCGAGCUAGAGCUGGGCACCUUUGAGAAGUAUGACGAGCCAUCAGAGGGACCGGACCUGAUUUUCGAGACGGUCGACCAUCUCCGAGAGCAGCGUGUUGGUAUGGUUCAGGGCCGUCCUCAAUUCAUGUUCAUUUACCAAGUUAUGCGGAAACUAUGGCAAGAUAAAUAUGGAGUCGAUGAAGAGGGCAAUGAGCCUGCAGCUAAGAGGCUGGAAGUUGGCGAUCCAUUCAUAGAUGACUCGGUAUCCGACUCUACGCAAGCCAACCACUAGCAUCGGGGCUCCGAGGAUUGAGGUGUGAUAAAGGAGCCUGUUUAUCUGGCGUUAACUGCGAUGAUUUGGUGGAGUUGCGGACGGGAAUGCAUGUGGGUUGGGCUGGGGCAUGAUAGCUGCGGCAACCUAAUUUUACGAUUUGGGGAUGACACGCAACCUCUCAAAAUAUCUGUGUUGGGAGGAAGCUGAUGGUUAAGUGUUACCCUGUCAUGAGUUAAUCGGGUGCAUAAUCUGCUUUGCGCAAGUGUACGAUGGUUAGCAGAAGUGUAUGAACAAGCACGGCCAGGAACAGGAACAGGAACAGGGACGGGACUCGAGGGUUUAUGAUAAAACAAACAUAGAGCUCGCAUCUCAUAAUGGGGAGAUGACGACGGUACAGGAAUAACCAAGUCAAAUCCAGUCAGGACGAUAUGACUUGGGGGAGGUCCAUCUAUUAUAAAUGAUACCAAGCGCACGAACAAGGGGUUGGUUGGUGGGUGGUGCAACAAGCAUUCUUAUCAUAUAUCAGUUUAAUCAAGAGGCGGCAAGACAUUUCGCAUAACGAUAGAAAUUAAGUAAUGUCCACGAGGGCCAAGGACAAAGGACCAAGUUUUUGGGAACGGGUUAUGUACUGAUUUUUUCUUUUCAAGACUUAGAUCUAUCCUUAAAACUGGAAACAUCAUCGUAAUCUUGCUGUCAAUCUAAUAAAAUGGUUGUGGCCGCGUGCCAACCUUGUACAGUAUAUAAAUCAACUUCAUUACCACAAUACGCCCCAUCGGCUUCACCAAUAGUCAAAUAGCUCGCAAAAUAAACAAAUCAGGAAUUUUUAUAGGAAAGCAAAACAACCAGAAUCUAUGCGCUAAUCACCAGCGUCACAGUCUCCUUCUCCUUCUCGGUGACGGUGACGGUAGCCUG